AUGAAAGCCGAAAACAUAACCCACCAAGAAUUCCAAACCAUCAUCGCAAUCGAACGAACAUGUUCCGGAAUAUCGCUCUUGGGAAGUUUCUUCAUAAUCAUUACAUUUCUCAGCACGACGGCAUUUCGCAAACCAAUUAAUCGAUUAGUCUUUUACGCAUCCCUUGGAAACUUAUUCACAAAUCUCGCUACGUUGAUUUCGAGAUCUGCUCUGGGGAAACCAGAUGGAAGAUUUUGUCAAUUUCAGGCUUUUCUUAUUCAGAUGUUUCUCCCAGCAGAUGCCUAUUGGACAUUGGCAAUGGCUUGUAACGUAAUGUUUGCAUUUUUCUUCCAAUUCGACGUCAUCGAGCUUCGACGUUUAGAAAAAUGGUAUAUGCUUCUCUGUUACGGAGUUCCAUUUAUACCCGCCUUUGUAUUUUUUUUCGUGCAUACGCGUGAAAAGGGGUAUAUGUAUGGAAGUGCCAUCUCAUGGUGUUGGAUUGAUUCGAAAUGGACUUGGUGGAGAUUAUGGAGUUUUUAUGUGCCGGUUUGGAUUACAAUUUUCAUCACUAUUAUGAUAUACACGGUAGCAGGCAAAAAAAUCUACGAUAAAAGACAAGAACUUGUAACAGCAAACCAACGAACCUCACCAGCCUCAUUACCAAAACUCCGCCAGGAAAAAUCCUCCCAGACAGAACUCCUCCCUACAAACACCAACAAAGAAACCACAUCCCCCAGCCCAACCAAACCCGUCCUCUCACCACCCCAAAAAUCCAAACCCAGCAACCCCCCCAACAAACAAGCCAACACCGCCCUCUGGGCCUACGCAAAAGUCUCUCUCCUCUUCUUUCUCGCUAUGAUGAUAACAUGGAUCCCCUCAACCGCCAAUCGAAUCUAUUCGAUUUGUUAUCCGGGAAUGGUUAAUAUGUCGCUGCAGUAUAUUUCCGUGUUUGUGUUGCCGCUGCAGGGGUUUUGGAAUGCGUUGAUUUAUGUGUUUACGAGUAGGGAUGCUUGUAGGGUUUUUUGGGGGAGGAUGAGGGAGGGAAUUGCAAUUGGUGGGUUUUUUUAG